CUCUUGGUGUAAAACCCCUGCUUUUCAUGCGAGUGAGCACAGCACUGCCCCACACAAGAAGCAGAGGUGGUCCAAAACACAGGAUACGUUGUUCACACUUGACCGGCAAAUCCAAUGACUGAGUGGAUAAUAUUUGUUCAACUCUUUUCAGGGUUCCUUCUGAUUUCAGGUAAAGAUGCCUGUUUAACUAAGCUGGACCCACCUCGUGUAGUGGUGAAAUACGGGGACCCGGUCUUGGUGAACUGCACCACAUCAGCCACUGAUAUAGAGGGAAUCGGAUGGGAGGCGUCACAAGGAAGCACAGGCCUUCAAAACGUGUCCCAUCUGAUGUGGAACGUUAGCAGUCUCACACAUUGGGAAGCGAAACCCAAGUGCUUUUAUACCCUUAAGGAUGAUAGUCAAUGUAGUGUUGAGCUGGGACUUGUCAUCUACCAAUUUCCAGAACACAUUGACAUCAGCUCCCCCAGUUCAUUUGAAGAAAAUCAGAUGCAUCGGCUUUCCUGUGGUGUCCCCAAUAUUUUACCUGUUCAAAAUCUCACCAUAACGUGGUACAAAGGAGACACAAUCGUCCAGACAGAGACUUUUCAGAAUGACGAGAAAAAACCCACAAAUCAGACUUCUUUAUAUGAAUUUAUACCAACGAGAGAGGAUGACGGAACAACUAUCAGAUGUGAAGCAGACAUGGACUUGGGGCCAGAAGGUCCACAAUUUAAUUUAUCUUCAGAGAUGUUAAAUAUCCAGGUUCAGUUUGGACCUCAUAUUGACUGCUUCAAGAUAGAGAUUAAGGAGGGAGAAUCUUUGGAAGGGAAAUGUAAUGUGACCGGAAACCCCAUCCCAAAAGUUACGUGGCUGAAAGAUGGACGAACCAUAAACCUGACUGACCCACUGAGAAGAGAUGACACAGGGAGAUAUAAAGUAAAAGCUGAUCAAAAUACUGUUCGAAAUUCCUCGGUUAAGGAAAUCCAAGUCAAUGUACUUUAUGGACCAGAGUGGAUCUGUCCCGAUGCAUAUAAUAUUUCAGAGUACACUCCACACAACCUCAGAUGCAGCAGGGGCUUCCCAGAACCUCAAGAGUUCUGGUAUAAAGACGAAGAGGAGUUUACACUUCCAAACCAGCUAACAAGAGGAGAUGCAGGGCAGUACUGGGUCACAGUUUCAAACAGUCUGAAUUCUCUCAACUUUACAAUAAACAUUGAUGUUUAUUACCCACCAUCAGAUAUAGUGGAGCUUGAAGAUUCUGAAGUUCAGGUGGGAGAAGAUUUAGGACUUAAAUGCUCUUCUGUGGGAUACCCACGCCCAACCUACUCCUGGAGUUACCACAAGGCAGGCAACAUUAAAGUAAGAACUGAAGAUGGAGUGUCUGGUCUCAUCAUCCAUAAUGCCACUAGGUUCAACACAGGUUUCUACACCUGCAAUGCUUCAAAUGUGAGAGGCAACGUCACCAAAACAGUUCGAGUCACUGUCAAAGGUGAUGUAGAAGAAUGCCCCAUUGAAAUACAACCAGACUCAAUGGUGUUGGAAUACCAAAGCGGAGGGCAUAGUGCAGUUUGCAUGCCCACAACCAGUGAGUCAAAUGUUAAGGAGAUAUACUGGGAGGUCCAUGGGGAUAAAUUUAAUAACAGAAGUUGGAGUCCUGACACACAUGAAAAUUGGGACCCAAGUCCUGUUUGCCAUGGAGAGUUUCUGGGGAUAGGAUCGUGUAAUAAAACUUUGCCCUACAUUCUCUACAAACCUCCAGAUGAUGUCUCCAUCACCAUCAAUAAUAUGUCCACAAAGGAAGAAAGUAAAAUAGAGCUAAUGUGUAGCAUUAGGAAUGUGGCUCCUGCAGACCGGCUCAACGUUACAUGGACUUGGCAAAGAGGGAAUGAGACUGUUGACCCUGAUUCUUUGGGAGUGAGCAAUGAGGCCAAAUGCAGUCCCUCCAACAAUACAUCUGCUGUAGAUGUGACUUGCACCAUGAACAUCACUCUGAAUAGGACUCACAAUGGAAUCCAGGCCAGAUGUGAAGCUGAACUUAACCUGGGACCUAAAGGACCGCAACCUCCUCCAACCAUGUCAUCCAAUUAUUUCAAUCUCAGCGUCCAAUAUGGACCCAAGAUUAACAAAACAAAGCUUCAAGAGUUGUUUCUAGUAAUCAGAGGUUAUAAAGGGGAGCUUGUUUGUGAAGCUGAUGGCAACCCGGCCCCAGAUAUCAAAUGGAAUUACACCUCAAAAACAGCUUUUCUUGAGUCAAAUGAAACACUAAUUGUGAACGAGGAGGGCCUCUACUUCUGCACCGCUACAAACAACAUCAGCUCGGACACACAUCGGGUUAAAGUCGUUCUAGGAGAGGACUACCUGCCCCUUCUAGCUGGAUUUGUGGCUCUCACAGUUGUUAUCAUCUCCAUCAUCUUCAUCUUCAUCUACUCAAUCUACUACAAGAACACCAAGAUGCGUCGCUACAGUCUUAAAAACCCAAAGCUCAGCAGUCACAAUGGGAAUGUAGCUCACAACAGCUGGGACAUCCAGUUGCCAGUAACCAAGCUGUCUCGGCUAACCACGAUGCGGUUAUUCAUGCUCGUCACCUUUAUCCUGUACUCAGGAAAGUCUGCACAUUCCUGUCAAAUUAAGUUCAAUCCUCCAAAGGUUUUUGUUAAAUAUGGAGGUUCUGCUGCAGCCAGCUGCUACAUAUCCCAGUGCAACGAUAUAGCCGGAAUGGGAUGGGAGUCUUCAUUUGGAGGAACAGGACUUAAAGAGGGUAUAUCUACUUUGAGUACUACCUUUGAUAAAGUUACGGACUGGAAUGUAGAUCCCAAGUGUUUUGUUUCGUUUCUGAAUGAUGAACAGAACAUUCAAAAGCUACCAUUCACCGUUUACAAAAUGCCAGACAAAGUAUCCAUGUCUAAGCCCAAAGACCCUAUGAGAGCCACUUCUAGCUAUGAUCUACAGUGUGACAUUAAAGAUGUUGCACCAGCAAACAGUCUUGUCAUAAGGUGGUACAAAGGAAACAAGAUAAUCCAUGAACAGAAUUCUACACGUCAAGAUCGUUCACCUGUCGAUGAAACCUUUACCACAACACUAAAGGUUGAUGUAGAGGAUAAUGGAGAAGAGGUCUGGUGUGAAGCCAGGCUAAAGUUUGUUCCAGAAGAGCAAAGUCCUCCACCGAAGCGAUCAGAGACAUACGUAUUAAAAGUUUUUUACCCACCAACAUUCGCUGAGCCUCAAAACGAGACCCUGGAAAAAAACGCUGGUUCAAAAAUAUCUUUAAAUGGCACGGCUGAAGGAAACCCUACCCCGGUUUACAGCUGGCACUUUAAAGGCCCUACACAACCGGAGAUCCAAAUGGAAAAUGAAACCGGGCCGAUUUUGUCUCUGGAAUUCAGAAAUCCAGGACUCUACACCUGUAAGGCUUCUAAUGUGGCGGGUACCACCACCAAAUAUUUCCAGGUUGACACACCUACAGGGGAUAGGACUACCUUUAUAGCCAUCCUGGUGGUAUUUGUGGUCGUCGGAGUUCUGAUUUUCAUCGGCGGUAUCUAUUUGCUGAAAUCAACAGGAACAUGCGCUUUACCAAAAGGCAACUAUGAACCUACCUCAUCCAAUCCUAACUUGUCAGGAGAAGGCUGCUCCCUCAUCCUCAAGCCAUCGCGGGUUGUGUUGGGCUUUGGGGAGUCGGUAUCAGUCAGCUGUGAAGCUGCACGGCCGGUUCGUGUCCUGGGCUGGGAAUCAGCCAUCAGUGCAGUGCACACGCAGGAGGACCGAUCUGUCCAGUGGAAGGUAGACAGUCUGAUUGACUGGAUAGAGGAGCCCAUCUGCUAUGGAGUUUUUUUCACAGCUCCAAGACAAUGUGAGGAGAAACUCAACCUUGUCCUCUACAAAACUCCAGACAGCAUCUCGAUCAGACAGGCAAACCACAGUGGCCCCAUGGUGGAAGGGAAAGAGUACCAGCUGCUAUGUGAAGUUCAGAACAUUGCUCCUGUUCAGUACCUCACACUGAGGUGGUACCGAGGCCAGACUGAGGUUUAUCAGCACUCUUUCUCUGAUCUAACAUCUUCUUCACCCGUCCAAGUUUCCUCUACCCUUGUCAUCACUCCAACAAAAGCUGAGAAUGAUGCAGAGUAUAAGUGUGUAGCAGAGCUGGAGCUUGGACCAGAGGGACCACAGCCCCCUCCCACUCUGGCCUCAGAGCCUCUCACCGUGUCCAUAUACUUUCCACCAACACUUCUGAGCCCAGAAACAGAGGUUUUAGACUUUACAGCUGGAGAAGAAAUCACCCUAAAUUGCACAGCCACAGGAAACCCUGCGCCUGUAUAUAGCUGGCAAUCAUCCCAUCCUAUAGAGGAGAGAUUGAAGGAGAACGCAGUUAUCACUUCCACCUCUCUACUCCCAGGCACCUACACAUGCACUGCCUCUAACACUCUGGAAAAGAAGAGCAAGCAGUUCAUUAUCAAAGAAAAGAUCAAAGGUGUUUGAAGCUUGCUUAUCUUGGGAUGGAUGAGUUGGCCUGCUGUCUGACUUAAGGGGAAAAUUGCACCGCAUUGCUUUUACUGUUGAUGCUUUGAGAAUGAUGACAAAUUGAUGAUUCAGUGGGUGUUGAUGAGUAUCAUGUU